GUAAAAAAUAAUAAUAAAAAUACAAUCAAGUGAAUCCAUUGAAAUGUUCCGUCAAACUCCUGGAGUCGAUCUCAAUGAAUUUCCCGCCCUUGGUACUCCUCCGACAAGCAAUAGAGGCAAUCCCGCAACAACAGGACCAAUGCCCUCGGGUCGCCUAGCAAGCUACGCAUCCACAGCUGGAACGAAUGUAAACGCAAACCACCUUCAGGAAACCUUGAUAGGCAACGGAAUGGCUAUGAAUGAUUAUGGCAUGCAAAACUCAUCAUCCAUGGCAUAUCAAACACCACCAAAUGGAUUUCCGUUGCCAACUGAUCAACUUGGGCGUGGUCUGGGUCCGAGGUCAUUCUCUGUAGAUGACUUCCCAGCACUUCGAAACCCUGACAACGCAUUUGGUAACGCGAUAGCAAAUGAACCAAGUCCGAUGAAUGGUAAACCAGAACCCUGGAGAGAGUAUUCUGGCCCACGGGAAGGCAAUAAGCAGUAUGGAGCAAAGAGUGGGGCAAUGGAGACAGCCCAAUGGCUACAAGGACGCCAAGACACGUCAUUACCGCAGCUCGCGCCAGGGUCAAGGAAGACUAUGGAAAGCAGAGAGGCAGGAAAGGAGAAUGAAAAUGCACCAAGUUGGAGUGAACAGGGUGAAGCAGAUCCCUACGGUUUACUCGGUCUAUUAGGUGUAAUACGGAUGACAGAUCCUGAUAGGAGUAUGCUGGCAUUGGGCAGUGAUCUGACAACACUCGGUCUUGAUCUGAACACGGCAGAUACAAUCUACUCCACGUUUGUAUCUCCGUGGUCGGAUACUCAGACACCACCAGGACUCAAUGUUGAGCCUGGCUACUAUCUACCAUCUUGUUACCGGAGUGUAAAAGCAACGCCAGACGCUCACAUGCGAAUGAGGACAUUUUCAGAAGAUGUACUCUUUUACGUAUUUUACUCAAUGCCCAACGACAUUGCCCACGAAGCAGCCGCACAGGAACUCUACAACCGAAAUUGGCGCUAUCACAAGGAGUUGGGUCUGUGGUUAACAAAAGAGGCGGAUGAUAAUGGACGACCUGUAUCUGUGUUCCGAAGAACGCCUGCAGGUGCGAUAGAAAGAGGAAUUUUCUCUUUCUUCGACCCAGCAGUGUGGCAAAAGGUAAAGAGGGAAUGGACACUCUCAUGGGAUAUGCUCGAGGAACGACCACCACAAUCGCAAUCGCAGCCACCACAGCAACACCAGGGCUCAGCUACUGCUAAUAGAGGUGUCAUGAUCUAGAGCGUAUUUUCUCUUUCUUUCUGUAAGCAGACAAACAAACAAAGCCAAAAAAAAACCCCCCC